GUAAAGUCCAGGAGCAGAACAUUCUGUCCCUCCUGGAGGGGGUCAUGUUGGGAGGAAUGUUUUGAGAACAAAUACUUUGAGAAGAAACAAACUCUCAGGUGGCUGAAGUUAGCGCCUCGUCAAACUCUCCACCUUCUGUCCUGCAAACACAAGAGUUUCUGCACUACUAGACAUGAAACAAUGGACAAUAUAACUGCUGACACUGCCACAGCUUCACUCCAGUCAGCUCCAUGCUGCACAGUCACCUACUGCCAGUGGACACGUUGUCAGGCUCAGCACUUUCCAGAUCUGUCAUCCUCACCUAUCUGUGUGUCUAUCUUCGAGUCUCACUAUCAAGCUCUCCGAGACUGACGUUAGUUUUUUUUGCUCAUUUACUACAAAAUUAUUGAGAGGUUGAACUACGGGAUUUUUAUUAUUUCCACUGCAACUGAAUGAAUAAGCAAUGGCAUACUUUUCUGGCAAAACUUCAUUGAUGGCAUUCAAUUUUGGCAUCAUAAUGGGCUUUUUCAGCAUAUUUAUCCUGGUGAAAAUUAUCACGGACCGUUCCGAGAUAGAGCCUCCUUUAGCAAUUCGCUCAUGGAAAUAUAUGGACCAGCUACAUAUGCUAGAUGAGAUCCCUCACACUCACAUCACAGGUAACAGCACAGUGAGUGAUGAGCUAGCGCACAAAGUCAGAAUACUUUGCUGGAUUAUGACUGGACCAGACAACUUGGACACAAAAGCUAUACAUGUAAAGUACUCCUGGACCCGUCAUUGCAAUGUGGUCCUAUUCAUGAGUUCCACCACCAAUGACAGCUUCCCCACAGUUGGUUUGGAUACCAAGGAAGGGAGGGACCAGCUUUACUGGAAGACUAUUAAAGCCUUUCAGUAUGUGCAUAAGUACUACCUCGAGCAUGCGGACUGGUUUUUUAAAGCGGAUGAUGACACCUAUGUUGUGGUGGAUAAUUUGCGCUGGAUGCUCUCUAAUUAUACACCUGACCAGCCUAUCUACUUUGGGAAACGCUUCAAACCAUUCACGAAGCAGGGCUACAUGAGUGGUGGAGCUGGUUAUGUACUUAGCAAGGAGGCGUUGAGUCGCUUUGUGGAAGGAUUCCGCACUGGAGUUUGCCAACAUACCACAUCUGUGGAGGACUUAGCACUUGGUCAGUGUAUGGAAAAAAUGGGGGUUAUAGCUGGGGACUCCAGAGACUCUGAAAAAAGGGAAACUUUCCAUCCAUUUACACCGGGUUACCAUCUUGAAGGAUAUUUUCCGAAGAGCUUUUGGUAUUGGAGCUACUGUUUUUAUCCCAUUGUGGAAGGUCCCCAGUGCUGUUCAGACCUGGCUGUAUCCUUUCAUUACGUUGAUCCGGAACUCAUGCACGUUUUAGAAUACCUUGUCUACCACUUGAGAGCAUAUGGAUACAAGUACCGUUACCAGCCUCCAUUGCCAGAAGCUGCUGACAGGCUGCCAGUACAUUAUGAAAAUGCUACAAUUAAAGUAAAAAUUUCAAAUGAAACCAUCUCUUAAUGGAUUCUACAUGUCUCCUGUGUAAGGUCCAACUUGCAAGUUCGUGAAGGAACAUGAAUGCCAUUCUUCUCUGUGCUAAAAAGUAUUGUUUAACAUGUUUAGAACUUUUAUAUGAGCCAAAUACUGUAGAAUGUGAACGAUACUUUCAGAACAAUUCUUAUUGGAAGUUUUGUUGCUCUUAUUAUAAAGAGAUCACAGCCUCAUGGGUAGACUAAAUUUUCUGCAAUGACUGCGAAGUGGGUCAAGGAAUAGUCAACCGAAAGCACCUGGGGCCUGAUUCAGAUGUGGUUGGAGUUGCUAUUGCUGCUGCUUACAUGGAGGCAGCAGCAAUAGCAACAAUAUGUUAAUGCAGCAGAAGGCUUCACACCUUCUGCUUGCAUUUGUCGUCCGAGCUGCGUCGCAGCAUUGGGUCAUCUACCACACCAUUGGCUGGUUGUGUGACCCAUGGGGUCACACCAGACAGCUGACACAGAUCCAACAAAAAGGCCAGGAAAUCGGUCAUCCGAUGAAGGAGAGCCUAGCCUCGUCGCCCCUCCCGAAUGAUGGUGACAUGCCUCCGUUUUCGGAAAUGGAUGCUGCUGCCGCUCCCUUCCUGUCAACAAACAGCAGCAGAAGUCACAGACCGUUGCUAUAGAGAGAGUACAUUGAAGCCCUAACAUCAAUGCUAUCAAUAACACAUGGCCAUUGAUGGAGGGAAACCAUUGAGCUCUCCCCAAUGAUGGGUGGAAAAAAAAAAAAAAGAAUAUUGGCUGGUAAAUAUUUUGUCACUGUCUUCACCAUAUGGCCAGCCAACCAGAAUGCAUCAUGACCCAGGAAGUAGGAUAUAAACAAUCACUGGUACAAAACCAUAGAUGGUGGGAAAACAUCUACCUCGCCCCAUUGUGAACAAAAACAUCAGACCGUGUCCUCAAAACAUUGAUGUGUACAUGUGUGAUGUAGAUGUCCCAACCCUACUGUAUUUUGAAUUGUAAAUAUACUAUAACUUAGUGAAUGCUAUCAGCAGUUGCAUAAUUAUGUCUAUAUAUGACAUAACGUUACUGCAAAAGGACAGAUGGAAUAAAAUAACAAGAAGAAAACUCUUUACAUAUUUCCAUUGAAAACGACGCUCGUUAGAGCAUAAACCAUUUUACCUAUGUGCCUUGUGAUAGAUUUAUUAACAAAUCUGAAAUCUAAACUGCGAUAUACUGUAGGUGUUCAAUUUACUUUUAUAGUGUUUUGAUGGGCAUUUCUAAAGUACUGCCAUGUAGUUUUUUUUUUUUUUUUAAACCUUCACCUUGUAACGAAUGUGUGUACAAAGCCACUUGUUUACUUUGUGUUUUGUCCCUGGUGUCUGAGAGUAUUUACUAGGUUUGGUUGAUGCACUGUAAUUGUGCUUUUAGCACCUUGAUUUUUAAUGGCAUUGUAUGAAGCAUUGGCUUUCUUUGUACUAAACCUUGGAGAGAGAGAAAGUGGACGGAGAUAAAGUACCAGCCAAUCAGCUCCUAAUUGUAAUUGGAUGCAGUUGCAUUGCCGGCAGUCUGUAUCCCGGCGGUCAGGAUACGGACACCGGAAUCCCAACUGCUGACAAUGCUGCCAGCGCAGCGAACCACUGAGCCCGCAAGGGGACUCUCUGCACUCUCCCCGCUGCGGUCAUAAUGACGGCCGGGAUGCCGUUGUCUGUAUAUUGUAUACCGUUGGUUUUUUAUACUGAUCCCUGUAACAUGUGUUGGCUGGUACUUUAUCUCCGUCCACUUUAUCGCUCUCCCAGGCUUAGUACAUAGAUCCCUUAGUAUCAGAAUAUUUAUUUAUUAUAGUAUAAUGAUUUUAAACCAUUAAAUGAAGUGAUUAACAGAUUUACAAAACAGACUUCACGAAUGUCUAAAAAUUGUGAAAAUGUGUUUUCCCUUGGAUUCUAAAAAUGUAUAAGAAAAUUGUAAGUGGAGAAAUAGCAAUUUGUAAAUUGUUUAGCUAAUUUAAUUGUUACUUCUUGCUUGAUGUAGUCUGGGCAAGUUUUUAUACAGCCUCUUCUAUACCUGCAUGGAAUUCAUGGCUGGUGGGCUGUAACAAUGAGUUUAACUGUGAGUAGCUAUUUGAUAUCCGGGGUAUUUAUUAAACUGUUUCACUUUAUGAAA